GUCAUCUCUCGUCAUCUUGCCCUCGAGCAUUUCUACCCGUGCCUGACUGACUCUCCUGACUCAGAUGGCAGCGCCAGCCGUGAGCCGCCCAGAGUCAGUUCAGUUCAGCACAUGUCAGGUCAGAUCAGAUCAGACCAGACCAGACCAGGCCCGGUUAAAUCAGACUGACUGCUCGAUGCCGUCAGAGCAUUCUCUUGUCUCUGCCCGUGCCCCUCCAUCCACCCCGUUCAGCCCCAGAACGCGCAGGCUGUGGCCGUGGGCAGCCAGGAGGCUUUGCUCCCGCACCCCUGCACGCUGGCCAAGGCGCAUCGUCGCCCGCUGGUCUUUGUUCACCCGUGUCUCUCUCCUUCUACUGGUUCUCCUCAUCGCUGCUGGUCGACGACGCGCCUGCAGCCGCAGGCAGCCCCACGUGGGACACCCUCUUGGGCCUUGGCUGCCCGCUUCUCGCAAGAGCGGGCCGGCAAUGUGCCUUGGAAAUCCGAGGAAAUCAAAGGCCCAGCAAUCCCAAAUGGCCCAUCCCGCCAUGUGCCUGGUUUGCGGUGGCAGCAUGGCAGGGCGGCCCUGCCGAUCCCAUCGGUUGAUGGCACCAGCAGUCUCACAUCCCACCACCCAUCACCUUUGCUGCCCCUCCACCAUCUUCAUGGCACAUGGCAGACCGCGGGAUGGGCUCUUGUGUAGGCCGAGCUCAAACUUCUCAAAACCAGUCUCUGAGCCCAUCUGCGCCUAAACACGAGACAAAACAUCGCCCAGACGGCGGAUCCAAGAAUAGACCGCGAGCCGGAAAGUGCCAGAGGGGGAGAAUGACGUAUCCGGCCCACCCUGCACCUGGUGGGGGUUUCUCGUCGGGUCGACAGGGAUGGCC